UGUACUUUGCACAUCCCUACAAUUUGUGUUUCUGAUUUUGUGAAAAGUUGGUGAUAAUUUUUAGGGGCGGAGUUUUUAAUAAUUUUUCCAAAAUUAUUCCUGAUAACGAGAUGUCUUCACCACCACCAACAAAACCUCCUCGCGGGGUAAAACAGGGAAAAGAAACGAGUGGUCUAUUGAUGUCAGUGAUCCGCACCCUAUCGGCGAGUGAGACAAACGAACAGCGCGAGAAAGAGAGGGCGAAGUUGGAGAAGGAGUACAAGAAAAGUGAUGCACGGCUCGAUGAACUGGUCGCUGCGCAUGCACAAGAGAUUAUGGACGUUAUGCAGAAAUUCAGCAGCGUCAGUGCAGCGCUUACAGUGUGGGGACAACACUGUGACGCGGCGGUAGCCCGCUUGGGCGCCUGCCGUGGUCUCUUGCAGCUGCGAAGGGACGAUCUGAAGCGACUGUGGGCGGAUUCUAGGACUCAUCACUAUGCAUUGCAGAUGUUGACUGACAUUGAGCGCGUAGUGGUGUCUGAGCGUGAAAGCCGCUCUCUCGUAGCGGCGGGCCGCGUGCUAGCGGCGGCUCACACGCUACGAGCGGCGCAGGACACGGCCGCCACGACGCUGGCGCACGUCACCGCGCUGCACGCCACGCGACAGCACCUCGAGGCCAAAAAACAAGAGCUGGUAGAGGUAAUCGUGCGUCGCAUCAGCGAGGCGGUGUACCGCGGCGACCGCGGGCCGCUCUCACUGCGGAUGUCUGCAAGAAGGCGCACUGCGCUUCUGUUAGCUGAGCUAACCAAAACCGAAGAAGUAACCGACGCGUAUCUACAAGAUAUUACACCCGAGUAUGAAGCAUCACUGUCGGAGGAAGACCGCACCUUCGAGACCACCGUCAUGAUUUCGCUCGAGGCAUUGGGAGUAUUGGAGCAGUUGAAGGAAGCCACUGAGAAAUUCAAAGUCCAAAUCCAAGACGAGCUCCUCGAAGUGAUCGGCAGCGUAUCGGAACGAAUCAUCGAGUACGGCGCAGGAUUGCCGCUGGAUGACGUCGAGCCGUGCGAGGGAGAUGGAGUGACGCCCGACGCGCCGGGAGUGACAGAGACGGGGCGAGCGCUGGCUAGCCUGGUGCAGACGCUUGCACAUGAAUUCCGUGCCACUAUGCUCAGGAAUAGACGACUGUUACAGCUGUGGCGCGCUGCCCUGCAGAGGCAUAGGAUACCCGACUCGUGCCUCCACACCGAACAGCAUUACUGGAGCGCCGUGCAACAAGUUCUCCAACUUCUUCUAACCGAAUACCUAGACAUCGAGAGUGUAAACUUAGCACUAGUGCGAGGCCCCGGCGCCGCCGCCAGCGAUCAAGGCGCUGACUUACGCUUGGCGGACUACUUCGCUAAGAAGCGCCCUACGAGGCGACGACCUAAGCUGUUUAAACUCAAUGUAGGCGCGGCCCCGGCAGCCGCUAGUGGCGCGCGACGUCAGCGGUAUCCGCUAGUGUGCCGGCCUGAUCCUGCGCAUCUACACGCUGUGUUACCACAUCUACACGCACUCUGCGCUGACAUCGAGCCCGCUGGGGGCGGCGAAUGCUCGCUGCGCGCGUUCAUCACGGACUACGUGCGUGCGGGUGAGAGCGAGCGUUUAGCGGCGAAUGCUCGCGCGGCCAUCGACGCCGCCAUGAAGGCGCCGUCCGCCUGGCGCCAGUCCGUGCGCGCGCCGCCUACAACGAGCGGGCAAAGCCACCGCGUGAUAUUCUCGUGCUGCGGCGCGGGCUGGCAGGCGGUGCGGGACGCAGCUUUAGCCGCCAAGCGCUGCGGCGCGUGCGGCGGGCCCGACGCCUUGAGAGCUACUACAGCGGCGUUAGGCGCGCUAGCAGCGGCGUGUCGCGCGGCGCACGCGCGCGUAGUACCGGCGCAGGCGUCGCGCGCGGCGCGCUGGCUGGCCGACGACGACAUAGUGCGCUUCCUGCAGUCGCUGCCCAACUGGCGCGCCGCUAUACAACCCACGCCUGCCUCCGCUGCUAGUGCGCAGGAGCUCAACCAAGCGUACGAGCGCGAAGCCGAGAUCCUGGGCUCAAGCUUAGGCGACGGCGCCGUGACGCGGCGCGAGCUGCUGUCUGACGUCACCGCGCUGGCUGAUCUAGCGCUGAUGUGCGAAUCUAUGGACUGGCUCGCAACCAACAUCAAGACGCUGCCGACCAUAAUCGGCGGGUCGGGCAUCAAGCUGAGCGACAAGUUCAUCGGCGACAUCAACGCUGCGGCCGCCAUCUUUGAGGAGAUCGCUCACAAGUGUUUGCUCUUCCUUCAUCUUGAGCUGCGUAUCGCGUGCUUCUACUACCUCGGGCAGGAAGAGACGGCGUCUAACUCGGAAGGCGAGGCGGGCGCGGGCGGAGCCGCGAGACUGGCUCACGCACUGCUGGCUUUCCACGAAUGCGCCGCGCCGCUGUUGGCACCUCACCUGCUAGCGGUUAGUGAGCCUUAUUGGUAUAGGAAUAGGGACUAUUAUCGCAGAAGGAUGACUCAGGAUGAGACGGGCGCGGGCGGUGUGGAGGUGGGCGCGGGCGGCGGCCUGCGUCGGUCAGUGAGCCUUAUUGGUGUAAGAAUAGGGAGUAUUAUUGCAGGAGCCCAAAUGGCGAGAGAUGCGCGGGCGGCGCGGCAACUCGCGUAUGCGUUGCUGGCCUUCCACGAGUGCGCCGCACCUGCUGGCGGGAGCAUUAUUGCAGGAGGCGGUGUGGUGAGGCUCGCACACGCUCUGCUGGCCUUCCACGAGUACGCCGCGCCGCUGCUGGCACCGCAUCUGCUGGUGGUUAGUGAGCCUUAUUGCCUUGUGAAUACGGAGUAUUAUUGUAGAAGGAUCGACGCUGCUGGCGGAGGCAGCGCGGCGAGACUUGCUCACGCGCUGCUGGCUUUCCACGAGUGUGCCACGCCGCUGUCGGCGCCGCACCUGCUAGCGGUUAGUGAGCUCUAUUGCCGUAAGAAUAGGGAGUAUUAUCGCAGGAGGAUCACGGAGGGCGAGGAAGGUGCGGGCGACGAGGCCAGGCUUGCGCACGCGUUGCUAGAUUUCCACGAGUACACUGCGCCGCUGUUGGCUCCGCACCUGCUGGCGGAGCCCAAAUGGCGAGAGAUGCGCGGGCGGCGCGGCAACUCGCGUAUGCGCUGCUGGCCUUCCACGAGUGCGCCGCACCUGCUGGCGGGAGUAUUAUUGCAGGAGGUGGGCGCAGGCGGAGCCGCGAGACUCGCUCACGCGCUGCUGGCCUUCCACGAAUGCGGCGGUUAG